CCUAACGGCCGUUCACAGUAGUCGGGCGAUCUUAAAAAACAAUUUACAGUUUCAGAUUCCAGGUUAUGCAAGACAAGUGCAUUAUGUAUACUUAAUGAUCCAACAUACAAGGGCAAAAUGAACAUCAACAUGCAGUUUUGGAAACAAAGGCUAAGACCAACAAAGGACAGAUUUCUUUAACGGUUGGAUUUACUUGCCGACAACAUGGAAUAACAACUCGAGAAAGGUGACAGAUCUACACAAGGAAACUAUAUAUUCCUGUUUUUUAAUUUGACUGAGUGGCUGAUGUGUCGGCGACAAAGAUGAUUUCUGAAGAUUUGAACGUUUACAAGAAACUUCAUCUAAAUUGUAUCCUAUAUAAACCUGGACUCUGUAUAAACCAGACGUUCUUCUAAGCAACAUUACAAGAUUUGGCAUUAUAAAGGGAGUUUGACGACAUACUCACUAACCAACGGCACACUUAUCAACGACUCGGACUCAACAUUUUUCGCAUAGAAAAUCAUCAAAGUUAGAAAAAUGGGUUCCCAACCCGGAUAUCUUAUGAAUUAUUUAUUCAGAGACCCAAAUGGACUGCAGGACUCUGUAUAAAUCAGACGUUCUUCUCAGUUACAUUAAAAGGUUUGGUAUUAUAUAUAAGGAUCAUUUGACGAUAUAUGGAGGGAAACGUAUACAGGAAAGUAGAAAAAAAACCUAGGAAAAGGAAAAAUAAAACUAUAAUGGUGAUAAAUACGAAGGCAAAUAAAACGAGGGGAAUGAUAUCAAAGUUUACUUUAUAAAAUCAAAUGACAUACUAUUGAGGUUUAUCUGUAUAUAUAAGCAACAUGCGUCGUACCAAUGUUUUACCGUAUACAGACGACAUGAUUCUAAGGUUUUGCUGCAUAUACCCUUUGUACAUGUAAAUCACACAUGUCAUUUGAUCAGCUGCAUUUCCGAACAUAAAUAAUUGUUCGUUUUUGUUUAUUUGUUUGUUUAACAAUAUUUUAAGGACACAUAUAUAACAUUGAUGGGAUAACUGAGUAAUGUAUAUGGGAAAAGUCAUAAUGUUUCCAUCGGUACCCAAGAGAAAACGGUUAUAUUGUAUUUUAUUAGGAAUAUUUCUUGUGUAUUUAUUAUAUAUCAAUAUCAAAAACGUCAAUAAAAACAAUAUUCAUCCUAGAAAAAACGACCAUAGUAGAUUUAACGCGAAGGAAUAUACCUAUCCCCUGACCUUUGACAUCAGGGAGGUUGUAGAAAAACAUUUAAAUAAUAAUAUCCCACUUCCUCGACAACAAGUGAACCCUCACCCCUACAUAUAUUAUUACUCCCCAUCACCUUGCAAUUUUACACAUUCAAGACAGCCUUAUACACUGGUGUUAGUGAAAUCGUUUGUGGGAAGCAUCGACCAAAGAGUUGUUAUAAGAAAAAUGGCAAGAAAAGCUACACGAUCAAGUGUUAAACUCGUAUUUAUGUUAGGACUUGGAGACAAUUAUAAAGACAGGAUUACUCAGGAAAAUGAAACAUACGGGGAUCUGAUACAGGAAAACUUUGUUGAUGCCUACUCUAACAAUACCUUCAAAACUAUUAUGGGAUUUAACUGGGCCACUCAGUAUUGCUCUGAGGCACGAUUGUUGGUAUUUCUAGAUGAUGACUAUUUUGUAAGAUGGGAUAAACUGGUUCAAUUUCUAUACCAGUCCGGAAAGAAUCACACAGAUUUAUUCAUUGGAAACCUUGUAAGGCGGGCACAACCGUAUAGGAAUGUAGGAUCUUCGUGGUUUGUCGAUCCUAAAGUGUACCCCUUUAGAUCGUAUCCACCAUACCUAGCGGGAGGGGCUUAUGUCAUUUCUUAUGACGUCAGCAAAAAAAUCAAAAUGGCGUUUCCUUACGUCAGAUAUAUUGGUGUAGAUGACGUUUACCUAGGGAUAGUCGCUCAGAUAUUGUCAAUAUCUCCAAGGCACUCUACAGAACUGUCGAGAAGAGACCAUUUAAGCAUUACAAAGGAAUGCUCCCAUACUCCCUCAGAGUUAUUGGCGGCACGAUGUCAAACUGUCGCAUAUGUUUCCACUGGACGUGUAGCUAAAGGGUUUGAAUAUACAAUAAAGAAUUUGACAGAUGUAUUUACAAAUAUGAUGAUGUUGAUUCAGAAAUCACUACUGUUUUUUCAACAAAUAUUUACAUCUGGUAAACAUUAAA